AUGUCAAUCACUUCCAGUACCAAAACAAUAAGCUCUAAAUAAAAAAAAAUCUUUAUGAAUAAUUUGGAUGAAUCAUAUACUUCAAUUACUAAGCCAUAUAGAUUCUACUUAAAUAAUGAAUAAUAAAUUAUUAAUGUCUUUAUUGAAUUACCUCCUGGAACUGAACUUAUAAAUGCUAUCAGCCGAGUCUUAUAAGUAGCCAGCUUGAAUAACCCUCUUGAUUAAAACCCUGAAAAUUAUGAAUUGUAUAUUGCAAAAAAAAAUGGAUAGCCUUAAACAGAUUUUCCAUCAUUUUAACUUGAUCUCAAACUUGAAGAUACAGAAAGACAAAAUUUCUCACUUGUUCAUAUGACGUUUAAUGAAAAAAAAACAAAAAGAAAAUCGACUUUUGAUUACACCAACAGCUACAGCUAAAGUCCAUUCAAAUAGUAAAAGUAAUCGAAAGAUAUUGAUGAUAUCAAACAAGAAAAGAAUUGUAUUCUGAAAUUUUUAGGCUGUUGA